UGAUGAUCAUGAGCACAAAGCUGAAGAGAUAGAGUCAGAAACAAUUAAUUCCAAAUUAUAAUCCUCAAACCCCAGUUGAAAAGGCCAAUAUGACUGGUUCAGGAUCUCCUUGUGGAGCCUGCAAAUUCUUGAGGAGGAAAUGUGUGAGAGGUUGUGUUUUUGCACCUUACUUUUGCCAUGAGCAAGGUGCUACUCAUUUUGCAGCCAUUCACAAGGUGUUUGGUGCAAGCAAUGUUUCAAAGCUCCUUGCUCAUCUCCCUGUGAGUGACCGUUGUGAAGCUGCAGUCACAAUCUCAUAUGAAGCACAAGCCAGACUUCAGGAUCCAAUUUAUGGCUGUGUCUCCCAUAUUUUUGCACUCCAACAACAGGUGGUCAAUUUACAAGCACAGCUGGCUUAUCUCAAGGAACAAGCAGCUCAGAAUUGUCUCAAUACUUCUGCCAAUGAAAACCCUAGUGAAAAAUUAUUUGGAAAAUCUUCUGCUGCUUUACCCCAAGAUCUUCAAAGUUGGUUCCAGGCUGAAAAUUCCAACCUGGGGCCAGAAUUUCUUCCCAACUUGUGUACUAAUUUUUCCUCAGCAACACAACAUUAUGGGAACAAUAAUGCUCUCAUGGAAGAUCUAAACCCUAUUGGGAUUAAUUAUGAAAAUUCAGGAGCCAUGGAAGAGAGCAGCUCCUUCUCUAGCUUUGAUGAGAGUUCUAACUACUCCAUACCCUAUGACAUGCAAACAAACAAGAGGACGUGGGGUUUUCAUGAAGUGGAAGACCUACAUUCAGUGGCUUUUGGAUACGGAGCUCGAUAUUCAUGAAAGAAUUGGUGAAGACAAGCUUAUCAAUUUUGAAUUAAUUGCUGCUGCAUAUUGUGAAGCAUGCACUAUAUAUACUCUGUUGCCGUAAAUAAGCUAGGAAAUGUUGAUAUUAUUAUUAUUAUUAUAUAAUUGCAAUGGAAGUCCACCCUCUUAAUGUCUUUAAUCUAGUUUAAUUAAUCACGUUAAGUCUCAGAUAAACUCUCUGGUUUUGUAUAAGACAAUGAGAGCUAAAUUGGUUUGUUCCUAGCACAUCCUAAAUUUUGACGUAACAAAUACUGUCCCUGG